UCCCUAGAGCAGAGCAAGAUAGGCCUAGGCUUGCCCUGAUCAAAAUCUAUCUCACUCACUCUCAUUCACACUCUGGACUCCACAAGACAGAAGAACAGAAGCACCACCACGAGCUCAACCCGAAGGCCCUCCCUCGCCUCCUAGCCCCGUCACUCAUUCUCUCCGCCGUAGAAUGGACAUCAGCACUGCCACCCUGAAACGCUGCGGCUGAUCUCUGCACCAUUACUCUCCUUUCUUCUGAGGUUCAAAUGGAGGUAAUUGUUAAUAAGAAGAAGCGUAGAAAGGAACAACGAGAGAGCAAGAAUAAUAAUCAAUUGCGUGUUUCUUCGAGCACUCCACGCACGCGUUCUCAGGUAUCCCCGGAGUGGACAACUAAAGAAGCGUUGAUUCUAGUGAAUGAGAUCGCUGCUGUUGAAAAGGAUUGUUUGAAAGCUUUAUCUACCUAUCAGAAAUGGAAGAUCAUUGUCGAUAACUGCGUUGUCCUGGAUGUUGCCCGGAAUUUGAAUCAAUGUCGGACUAAGUGGAACUCCUUGGUUAAUGAGUACAACCUGAUUAAAAAUUGGGACAAGGAGUCUGAGUCCCGGAGUGACUUCUAUUGGUCUUUGGAGAGUGAAAGGAGAAGGGAGUUCGGACUUCCUGAGAAUUUUAAUGAUGAACUUUUCAGAGCUAUUGAUGAUUAUAUGUGGUGCCACAAGGAACACCCAGAUACGGAUCCGGAUCCAGAUCCAGAUCCAGAUACUGACUCUGAAAAGCCUGACUUGCUUCAUGCAAUAACAAACCCCGGGACCAAGAAACAAAGGUGGCGGUCAAAGUCUCUGAGAACCCCUAUGGAAGAAAAGACACACAAAUGCUGCAGAGAGGAUAACUCUCAAACAAUCCAUGCAGAAGAGAAACCUCAGGAAAGAUGUGUGGAAGAAAAUUCUCAGAUAUACUGCACAGUGGAAAAGCCUCAGAGAGUCCAUGCUGAAGAAGAACAUCAGGAAAGUCAGGUGCAAGAAAGCACUCAGAUAUACAAUGCUGGGGGAAAGCUUCAGACAAUCCAUGCAGAAGAGGAUCCUCAGGAAAGUUGUGCAGAAGAAGAACCUCAUACUAUCCAUGCAGAAGAGGAACCUGAGGAAAGCCCUGCGGAAGAGCACCCUCAGCCAUGCUGCUCAAAGGAAAAGCCUCGGGCAAUCCAUUUAGAAGAGGAAACUCAGGAAAGAUAUUUGGAAGAAAAUCAUCAGACAUGCUGCACAAAUGAAAAGCCUCAGUCAAUCCUUGCAGAAACACAACUUCAGGAAAGUCACGAGGAAGAAAAGCCUCAGAAAUGCCGUAGAAAAGAAAAUUCUCAAAAUGCCCAUGGGGAUGAGAAGCCUAAAAUCCAUCGUGGACGUAAAAAGAAAAUGCCCAGCACAGAAGAGAUGAAGCAAAUGAUGGUGGAAAAACUUCAUGAGAAUGCUGAAAUGAUCCAGGCUGUAGUUAAUGGCAACUUUCCUGAGAUGGCAGACCUCGAAGCUGCUGAUUCAAAGAACAUCGAGGGCUUCAAAACUGACCUUAUAAGACGUCAAGGGGACAAGCUUAUUGCAUGCCUUCAAAAUAUUGUCAACAGUAUUAACCAGUUCCCAUGUCUUCUCCAAGAAUGUGACUAGUUGGUGCAUCUGAUGUUAAAUUUUCCUCACAUGAGACACCAUUAGGUCCAUGACUGGGAUAGUCGGGAAUAAGAUAGCUCCCUCUCCUUCAGGUUAGCAUGAUGUGAAGCAUUUUACUGGUUAGCAUGAUGUAGAAAUGAACCAAAAGAUUCUGUUGUGCAGUUGCAGCACUUGAAAACUGCUUUCAAUUUGCACUGAAUGGUGCCCAAAUAAAACAUAAAUGUCUUUCAGGGUUUA